AGUUCACCGACCACCGUACUCAUUCAUUCAGUUGUCAAAAUGUUCGCGCGUGGAGUGGUUGUGCUAUUAGUGUUUAUAAUAUCGGGACAAUGUGUUUUACGAAAAGAUCGUCAGUACUGGGAAGAGUUAGGCACAAACGAGAUAGAAGAAGCUCUGGGUAUAAAAAACAACUUAGGUAUUGCCAAGAAUGUGAUUCUCUUCAUCGGUGAUGGUAUGGGAGCUCAAACCGUGACUGCUGCGCGUAUACACAAGGGAGGAGAGGGACAUAGAUUGUCCUUCGAAAAGUUCCCUCAUAUGGGUUUGUUAAAGACAUACUCAGCGGACAAAAUGGUUCCGGAUUCUGCAUCAACAGCCACAGCUUUGCUGGGUGGUGUCAAGACUAAUGACAAGACUUUAGGAGUAGACGCUAGUGUACCGAAUGGGGAUUGUGAAGCAUCCUUACGCCCUGAAGCUAAGGUGAAGUCAUUAGCGGCACAUGCUUUGAGGGCAGGAAAGGGGGCAGGUUUUGUUACAACGAUGAGAGUAACCCACGCGACACCCGCCCCAGUGUACGCAUUCAGUUCUGAUAGGAACUGGGAGUGCGACGCCUUGACACCUGCCAACUGCAAAGAUAUUGCCCGUCAGAUGAUCGAGGAUUGGCCUGGACGAGACCUGAAUGUAAUUCUUGGGGGUGGACGUCAAAGUCUGAUAACAAAUGCGACGGCGUUAGAUAACGACCCUCUUAGUAACUGGGCCUGCUCAAGAAAAGAUGGUCGAAACCUCAUCGAGGAUUACAAAAAUAACAAGGAGAGUCGAGGGCUGAAGUAUUCCUUCGUUGGUAAUACGGAUCAAUUGAAGAGCAUACCCGAAGAUACAGAUUAUUUAUUGGGAAUAUUUUCCAACGCCCACUUGCCAUAUGAGUUCCAGAGAACACCUGAGUCGCCUUCAAUCGUAGACAUGACGGAGGCCGCAAUAAAAGUUUUACAACGAAAUAAGAACGGAUUCUUCCUUAUGGUUGAAGGUGGAAAUAUAGACAUGGGUCACCAUAGGGGCAGAGCUCGCACAGCCAUAGAUGAAGCCUUAGCAUUGGAGGAGGCUGUAAAACUUGCUUAUAACAUGACGGAUCCCAGUGAUACUCUAAUAGUGGUGACAUCAGACCACGCGCACUCUAUGACCAUUAAUGGGCAUCCCAACCGCGGUGAUAAUAUAUUUGGUACCGUCGGUCCAUCGAGGGCAGACGGCCUUAACUACACGACGAUAGCGUACGGCACUGGUGGACCUGGCUCCCGUCAAUAUGAGAUCCAGGUCGUAAACGGCACAAACCAGAUAGUGCGGCGAGACCCUAGCCGAGAUGACACCACAGACUUUAUGUACGAGCAAAUAGCUGCCAUCACCCUAGAAGAGAACAAACACGGAGGAGGAGAUGUAGGAGUUUACGCUAGCGGUCCAUAUUCCCACUUAUUCCACAACGUACACGAACAACAUUACGUAUACUACGCUAUAUCGUACGCAGCAAGAAUGGGCAAGUACGCUGAGCGACCUAUCGACUCUGGCGCAAUCUCAAUACAGACAAACCUUCUAUCCUUAAUGUCUUUUGUAUUAGUAUUAAUUGCUGUUAUAUAGAUUUUGUUAAAGUUCUGCCAGUUUUCAGCUUACAGUUUCAUUUAGAGACUCCUUGCUUGAAAUUCAUAAAAUUAGACCGAUGUUUAAAUGAUGAAAAUAAAUUGGGUGUAUCCCAAUUUAUUUUCAUCAUUUAAAUAUGAUUCAUAGUCUUUGCUUGAAAUAUUAUUUGCCUCCUCAAUGCAAUGAAGGCAAACAAGCUAAAUGCCAUCAUUUUAUUUUUAUGUUAAAAAUGAUCAACAAUGUUAAGUUAAAUAUACGUUUAUGUAGUAUACCUGUGAGUAGUCCUUAUACACACAUAAUGUAUUUAACACGCGCAAACUUCUUCCCACCUCCCAAAUACUGGAAAACUUCAUGUAACUUUAGCAAGAUCGGUAUGUAUCAUAAGAGAUUGACUUAGAGGCUUGUUUAUAUGUAAUCUAUCAGUUACAUCAUAAGAUUCUAACUAAAGCACUCAGUGCGAUGGCAAGUUAGUCUCAGCUAAACCUGUUUAAAUAUCCCUUUAUUCAUAAAAAUAAUUCAGACUAAUUGCCGUCUUAUAUACAGUAUAUCUAAUCUAUCGUUCCAUUCUGUCAAAAAGUUUACCUUGUGAUGACUAGAGACAGAAUAGUAACAUAUGCAACUGGAUUGAUUUUUUUUGUAAAAAUGUAAUAUUAAUUUUAUUAGUAAAAUAUACUAUUAUGUAUAAGAGUAAUUAAAUUUGAU